GAAACACUUCAGACGUCCCGGGACAGAGGAGGAGUAUUAAAGGUCUGUCCAUCAGUGUGAGCUCACACACUCUCUCUCUCACACACACACUCACCAUGAAGCUGAAGCUGCCGAACCCGGGUCUGGAGCAGCGGAUCCCGUCUCACAGUGAGCUGGAGAAGCUGGAGCUGCAGGAGGCUGGAGAGCGGCCCAAGUGGGACAACAAAGCCCAGUACAUGCUCACCUGUGUGGGCUUCUGUGUGGGGCUCGGGAACGUCUGGAGGUUUCCUUACCUGUGCCAGAGCCAUGGUGGAGGAGCGUUUAUGAUCCCGUUCCUCAUCCUGCUGGUUCUGGAGGGCGUCCCGCUGCUGCAUCUGGAGUUCGCCAUCGGGCAGAGACUGAGGAGCGGCAGUGUCGGAGUGUGGAGGUCCAUCAGCCCCUAUCUGACAGGAGUCGGCAUCGCCUCUAUGCUGGCCUCCUUCAUCGUGGGCAUGUAUUAUAACACCAUCAUGGCGUGGGUGAUGUGGUACCUGUUCAACUCUCUGCAGGAGCCGCUGCCCUGGAGCCAGUGCCCCGUCAACCUCAACCGUACAGGUCUGGUGUCGGAGUGUGAGCGCAGUUCUCCGGUGGAUUAUUUCUGGUACCGGGAGACUCUGAACACGUCGACUGCUAUCGAGGACUCUGGCGCUCUGCAGUGGUGGCUGGUGCUCUGCCUGCUCUGCGCCUGGACCUUCCUCUACAUCUGCUGCAUCAGGGGCAUCGAGACCACCGGCAAGGCCGUGUACAUCACCUCCACCCUGCCCUAUGUAGUGCUCACGAUCUUCCUGAUCAGAGCUCUGACUCUUAAAGGCUCGGUGAACGGGAUCAAGUUCCUCUUCACUCCAGAUGUGAAUGAGCUGAUGAACCCCUCCACCUGGCUGGAUGCAGGAGCUCAGGUGCUCUUCUCCUUCUCGCUGGCCUUUGGAGGGCUGAUCUCCUUCUCCAGCUACAACUCUGUGCACAAUAACUGCGAGCAGGACGCCGUCACCAUCUCCAUCAUCAACGGACUGACAUCAGUGUACUCCGCCACCGUCAUUUACUCCAUCAUCGGCUUCAGAGCCACGGAGAACUAUGACAUAUGUUUGGACAGUAAUAUUCUGUCUCUGCUGAACGCGUUUGACCUGCCGGAGGGAAGCAUCACGGAGAAUAACUACACGGUGGCUCUUCAGCAGCUCAACAUCAGCAGACCAGACAUCAUUCAGGAGCUGCAGCUGAAAACCUGCGACAUGCAGACGCUGCUGAGUGAGGGUGUUGAGGGAACGGGUCUGGCGUUUAUCGUCUUCACUGAGGCCAUCACUAAGAUGCCGGUGUCUCCUCUGUGGUCGGUGCUGUUCUUCAUCAUGCUCUUCUGCCUCGGGUUGUCCACCAUGUUCGGGAAUAUUGAGGGUGUUGUGGUGCCGCUGCAGGACCUGAACCUGCUGCCCAAGAGAUGGCCUAAAGAAGUGUUCACUGGUCUUACGUGUGUGGUGUCCUUCCUGACGGCGCUGGUGUUUGUCCAGUCCUCUGGUAAUUACUGGUUAGCUCUGUUUGAUGGCUUUGCCGGCUCCAUUCCUCUGCUGGUCAUCGCUCUCUGUGAGCUGAUCGCUGUGGUUUACGUCUAUGGGAUUGACAGGUUUAAUGAAGAUAUUAAGUUCAUGGUGGGACACAAACCCAACAUUUUCUGGCAGAUCAGCUGGCGGUUCCUCAGUCCUGUCAUCUUACUGGUCAUCCUGAUUUUCUACUUCAUCACGACAGUCAGCAAACAGCUGACCUACAACGUCUGGGACCCUCAAUCGGCUGAUUUCCCGACUCUUAAAGAGGUGGAUUACCCAAACUGGAUCAGUGUGGUGAUCUUCGUUCUGGCCGGCGUCCCCAGUCUCUGCAUCCCCGGAGUGGCCAUCGGCCGAGCGCUCUGGAGGUGCUGUACCAGAAGAAAACACAAGAGCAUUUCAGAAAAGCAGCAAAUGAGUGUCAACACAAUCGCAUAAAUACAGUGCGGAAUUAUUUAAUAACACGAUGUGGACACUAUAUGAUACACUCGCCUUUCUGUCCUGUAUAUAAUGUACAAUCGAUAACGUUUGUUAUUUAGAGUUGGGAGUUAUUUAUAUGUGUCAUGUUAGGUUUGCAACAUAGGCUCAUACUGGAAGUGUAGCCCUGUAUACAUUUCUGGAGAUCACGAAUUAUGUAUCCAGAGGUGCGUAUGGCUGCAUUUCAUUUUAAAACGAAUGCUACGGUGUGGUAUGACGCUGGUCAUUUUCACGCUUACCAGCUGACCUCUUACCCCGGUAUAGACGGUUUUCCUGCCAGUUUGUCUGGUAGCUCGCCAUGAACUUUGGCGGACUUGAGGAGCAGAGAGGAGUUGACCAUGGCGAUAGGGUUGGAGUCCGGUGAAGAACGGUUCCAGAAAGCAGGUAGGACAAAAAGAAAGGCUAAAAGAUAAAAUAAACAAGUAAAUAGCAGCGUGAGAAUGUGGUCAAAUCUGAACACAUGGUUUAAGUAAAUGUUUACAGUUGUUAUUUGUUUAAUAUUUACCUGUCCGUGUCUGUUUCGUCUGUCUUCCUGGUUGCUCUUCCAUCAGCCGGUCAGACAGAGCGCCUCCUAGAGGCCUGGCUGUAGUGCAGAGUUCCCUGUGGAGCACUCCAGAGCAACCGGAAGGCGAGUCGGGCGGGGCUUCACCUUUAAAAGGCAGCCCCAAACGCCAAUUCGACGUCAGUUAACCUGGCAAGCGAGCAAACUACUGAGGUGCCGUGAGCAAUUUGUGACCUGUCUGUGUAGAGUUGAAGUCAGCAUUAUUGUCUGCGCAAUAGCCUAGGGGUUAGUGCGCUGACAUAUGGUGCAGUAGCAGGUCAGAGUGUCCCGAGUUCGAAUCCUGGCUCGAGAACAUUUCCCUACCCUCUCUCUCUCCAACUUCGCUUCCUGUCUAAAUACUGUCCUAUCUAAAAAAAAAAAAGCUGAAAAUAAAUCUUUAAAAAAAGUCAGAAUUAUUCGCCCCCCCUCCAUUUAUUUUAUCCCCCCAAUUUCUAUUUAACUGAGAGCAGAUUUUUUCAAGACUUUUCUAAUCAUAAUAGUGUUAAUAACUCAUCUCUAAUAACUGAUUUAUUUCCUCUUUGUCAUGAUGACAGUAAAUAAUAUUAGACUAGAUGGGUUAAUAAUUCUGUCUUCAACUGUAUAUUAGCGUGAUUGACAUUAUAGAGUUUGUUUGCUGUUUAUUUGUUCUUUUAUUUUUGGUUAUUUGGUUAAUUUGCUGGGUUUUUGGGUUAUUUUGGUUUUCACUCUCGUACACUGUAAAUAAAUUGUUGUGCCAUCACUUUUGUGGAGGUUUUUCUUGUUUUACCAUAUUUUGAGAAGCCACUACAAGCCAUCCUGGUUCGUCAACCUCACACGAAGGCUUUUCUUUUUCUGGAUUGCUUUUGAAAACACUAUUGGUUGGGUUUAGGGAAGGAGAAGGGUAGGUCAGCCAGUCAGUGGACAGCGGCCUCUGAUGUAUUUACAUGAAAACAGCAGGCUUGAUUGGCACUUCCAAGAGAAAUUUCAGAUCUGAAAAAGCGUACACAGCGCCCUCUGGUGGAUUCGUGAAAACUAAAACUACAAAAAGUAGCUCAUGGGAUGAAUUUGGCGCUCUCCAAAAAUGUAUAUAGGGGUAUAUUUUCAGAAUGAGCCUGGGUUUUAGGUUUGAGAUAUACAGUAGUCAACAUUUGGAUGAAAACCCUUCUACAAAGUUGUCCUAAAACACUUAUUUUUGUCUUAGAACAAACUUUAUUAUUAUUAUUAUUAUCCACUAUCAAAUGUUGACUACUAUAUAUGAUCCUGACCACUUUAAGUGGAGAGAAAAUAUAUAUAUAUAUAUGUAUCAUUAUUUUUUGUAUUCUGUUAUUUCAUGACUUUUCCUAAUUAAAUAAGGUAUUUUCAGAAA